AUGGAUGGGAACUUAUGGCCCUCACGCAUCAGGGUUGACAAGGGUGUUGAAAAUGUGCUAGUAUGCGAUGCCAUGGUACAAGCUAGGGGAGAAGGAAGAGGAAGCUUCAUUGCUGGACCUUCAACUCACAACCAGCGCAUCGAACGACUGUGGAGGGAUGUUUUUCGAUGUGUAUGCCAUCUUUACUAUUAUAUCUUCUAUGCUAUGGAGUCUACUGGUAUCCUUGACGCAAAUAAUCCUGUUCAUCUUUUCACGCUGCACUUAAUUUUUAUUCCCAGGAUCAACAAGGCCCUUGAUGAGUUUAGAGAAGCAUUUAACCACCACAAGGUACGCACAGAAAGAAACUGUUCCCCAAACCAAAUGUGGAUAAAUGGAAUGUUUCAUCCUGAUAAUCCACUGGCACAUGCAGAGCUAGAUGAAGAGCCAUAUGAUUUGGAAAUGUAUGGACAUGACCCCCAUGGACCAUCUUCAGUUGGAAGUGACAACAAUGUAAUUGUUGAAGCAGUCCACCUGCCGCAUGAUAACUUGCUAACAUCAUUUAUUCUUGAAACAAUCGAUCCCUUGCAACAAUCUCAUGAAAUGGGGGUAGACAUUUAUACUGAAGCCUUAGAACUGGUAGUACUAAAGAUUGACGAACUAACAAACUCUUAA